AAGGCCAGAUAGAUAUUAUGUAGUGAAACGAAACACACAGUUAACCUAUUUAGCAGAAUUCAAUUAAAAUUUUUGUAUUUUUCAUUAUAUUACGAUGGCUGAAAUAUCUGAAGUACAAAGUAAAGAUAUUGGACAGGCAGUAAUAACAGAACAGGAACGUGAAUUAGCUCAAAAUGCAUUAUUCGAAUUUCAAAAAGGUUCAUAUACAUCUUGUUUAAAUUAUUUAAAUAAAUUGGAAACUCUCAGGCCAAAGGAUCUCAAAGUAAUGCAUAAUAAGGUUGUGGUAGAAUACUAUAAAAGUGAUUUGAAAAAAACAGAAUUAAUGAGAAAAAGUUUGAAUGCAAUAUGUGGACAAAUGUCUACUACAGAUUUGGGCGAUGCUAUAGAUGAUGUUGAAAAAUGUGUCAUGAGAUAUAAUCAAGCAGUUUUGUUAUAUCAUACUGGGCAGUAUACUGCAGCGUUACAAAUUAUGAAUAGAUUAUUUGCUUAUAUCGAACCAAUGGAAGAAAGUUUAGCUCACAAAGUUUGUUCGCUUCUAAUUGAAUUGCAUAUAAUAACGGAGCAACCUGAUGCAGCAUUAUUACUGAUAAAUUAUAUUGAAAGUCAAUUUAUUUCAACGGAUAAUUCUAAGAUUGCAUCGGUAGAUAAAGAAGGCGUAAUGAAAGUUGUAAAAGAACAGAAGGAACAGAAGAAAGAUAGUAAUGAUAUAGUUACGGAUCUAUUUAAAAUGAAGUUAUUAAAAUAUAAAGCUAGAAUAUACCUUUUAACACAUCAAUUAAAAUUAUGUAAACGGGAAUGGAAGACAUUAGUUUCUUUAGGAACUCCAGUAAAUAUAUCAACGCUAUGCUUGAAAGCAAAUUUGGAAUAUUUGAAAGGAAAUCAUAAAAAAGCUAUUAAAUUGUUAAACUCCCUUGCUACAGAAACUUUGGAUUUCAAAUCUUGUGGAAAAUUUUCUGCGGUCUUAUAUUAUAAUAACAUGGCAUGUGUACAUCUAGCCAUGGGUAAACCAAAUUUAGCAUGUUUUUAUUUACGACAAGCUUUAUACGAAAAUAAAACUGCUGUAGAAAGUGUGCAAGUAAAAGAUACUGAUCCUUUAUCUUCGCAACCAUUGUAUACACUUGGUGGAAAUAAACAUUAUGAAUUAAUGUACAGUCUGGGUACAUCAUAUUUAUAUGCUGGUCAUGCAUCAAAAGCUUUUGACUGUUUUACAGAAGCUGCCCAAAGAUUACAUAAUAGUCCUAAACUUUGGUUAAGGAUGGCCGAAUGUUGUAUUUAUUGUCAUAAACCAACAAAUGAGAGUGAUUUUAAUAUACCAAAACGACGUAGAGAUUUGGUUCAGAAAGUUAUAGGUUCUGGAAUACAUAGAAAGAUCAUUUUAACAUCUUCACUUUCAAAAGAUACAAAAUACCACACAGAUGGUUUGUCUUACGCCAUGCCACAAACUACUUUAGAAUUUGCACUAUUAUGUUUGAAGAAUGCUUCAUUCUUAUUACCUAAUGUUAGUGAAUUGAAUUUAUCUAUGACGACAAUUCCAAAUCCUCAAACAGUUUCAUUAGCAUUAACACCUGGACAUAAUCUGAAUAGUCAGAAUUCCGCCUUGAUUUCUCAAGCAAUGAGGAUAGAGGCAUUGAAUUUAAAGAUCAAUGUCUUAGCUGCAAGCGCAUAUGUAUCUUUAUGUCUUGGAGAUUACGUUGUUGCAUUAGAACAUGCCAAAGCAUUAUUAAGCUUGAAUAAAGUGCCUGGUGCAUAUAAAAUGCUUGGUAAUUUGUAUGCCGCUGAAAGUUUGAUUUUUAUGGAUAAAAUUAAUGAAGCAAUCGAAUAUUUGAACCCAGAAACUAUACAAGAUUUAAAUACUUUCGUUUCUAUACCCGAAAUUCAGGAUAAGGAUAAGGACAAAAUUGAAGAAGUAGUAUUGAAACCUGUGAAAGCAUGGUAUCCAACAACUGUUGCUACAGGAAUUGCAAUUUUUCGUUAUAACUUAGCAGUUGCUUAUGCUAUACGUGGUGAACUUGAUAAAUCUGGUGAAACAUUAAAACAGGUUUGGUUAUCAAAGGGUAUAGACUGUGAUGUACCUAUACAUGUAAUAAUGUUAGCAUUGUAUAUAGAAUUACAACUUGGUCACGCGGAUGUUUCGAAAUCUAUAAUAAAACAACAUUGUCCUCAGUACCGUUAAUCAUUCUUUUAUUUAUACUUUAUAUAAUAUCAUCUGUAAUCAUCCCCAUAUUGUGUGUAUCAAAAUGUAUAUAGAAAUGGAAAUGAUGAUUACAUUUUAUUGUACAUAAACGAUAGUUGCAAUUUUUUGAUCUAUGGUAAACGAUAAAUUAAAAAAAGAAAGUAAUCAAGAUUUUAAUUAUUAUUCAGAUGUAGCUGUGCAUAUAUGCACUUAUGUGCGUUUAUGUAAUAUUGUAAAAAAUAAUUCACAUACUAACACUUGGUUGAAAAAGAUUAUUAAUUCAGUUUUCAAUGUAUACUUCAGUUUUCUAUUUAAUGCAAUAACAAACAUUUGUUGGACUUGGUACAGUUAUAACAUAAAUUUAAUAUAAUUAUAUUUAAUUUUGUAUAAAAAUCAUGUUGAAAUAUACAUUUUUUAGU